ACGAGAUUGUGUCUUCAGUCAGAAUGCCCGAGCCAGCCAAGUCCGCCCCAGCGCCCAAGAAGGGCUCCAAGAAAGCCGUCACCAAGGUCCAGAAGAAGGACGGCAAGAAGCGGAGGAAGAGCAGGAAGGAGAGCUAUGCCAUCUACGUCUACAAGGUGCUGAAGCAGGUGCACCCCGACACCGGCAUCUCCUCCAAGGCCAUGGGCAUCAUGAACUCCUUCGUCAACGACAUCUUCGAGCGCAUCGCAGGGGAAGCUUCCCGCCUGGCUCACUACAACAAGCGCUCCACCAUCACCUCCCGGGAGAUCCAGACCGCCGUGCGCCUGCUGCUGCCCGGAGAGCUGGCCAAGCACGCCGUCUCCGAGGGCACCAAGGCCGUCACCAAGUACACCAGCGCCAAGUGAGCGCCCCCCGCUCUCCGGACCCAAAGGCUCUUCUCAGA